AUGACUUUCAUUUAUCCAGAGGAUAAUGUAAAUUCUACAACUUUGGACAUAGUAGCCUUUGGAGAAGCGAUGACCUCUAUAAUCAAACGCUUUUCUAACUGUAGGAAACUUCAAAUUAAAAAUGACGAAAUAUCAAAAGUGCUUGAAGAAAUUAAUCGACAGCGUCUUAAUUUUCGAGAUUUCGCUAGCGAAUCAGUGAAGCAAUCUAGCAAAUUGGCAAGGUUUGCUGAAGAAGUUGUAAUAUUUGCUGAAUGCUGUAAUGACGUUGGAUUUUCCAAGGAAGAUCUUUUAGGAUUAUUGAGAUUACGUCUAUCUGAUGCUAGAAAAAAUAAAGAAAAUUCUGAAAUUUUACAGUUAAAAAUUAGGCAUAUUAGAGAUGACUUGACAGAUGUCACUGAUAAGUUAGUGCAAUAUGCUACGAAUAUCAAACAAUGUCAUCGAAAUAUUGGUUCAGAUAUAGGGAAAGAGCUAUCAGAGAAAGAAGCGAUUCAGGAAAAAUAUAAUGCUUCAUCAAAGGCAAAUUUCGCUAUAGCCAUUAUUGGCGUCUUGACAGCUUUAGCUGCAUCGCCAUUUACUGGGGGUACAACUGCUCUGGCAGCAGUUUGUACUUCAGUAGUCGACGCUGGAAUAUUCACAGCCACAGCUGGUACAGAAUCUUUAAAUAAGAAAUUACUUUCGGAACGAGAUCAAUUAACCAAUUGCAUAGAGACUUUGAAUAACGAUCUAAUCUCGAUCAUUAAAACUUGCCGUAAAUUUAUAACUUUUUGGGAAGAGCAAAUUGAUGCAAUCAACUCCAUUAUUGAAAAACUUGAGCCUUUGAAUAAUCAAGAAGCACUUCGAAACAUUAAGAUGAUUGCAUAUGGUCUUUUAAAGACUUGGAAGAAUGUAAAUGGUCAAUGUAAAGAAUAUAACCGUAUUAUGUAUGCUGAGCUAGAUAAUGAUGCUUUGUUGAGAAAUAUG